AUCUUAGAGGAAUUUGUUGUGAUUAGGGUUUUGUUUUGUUCGACGGAAAUAUGAUGAAAGCUUCGUUUGGAAGGUUAAGAAGAUUCGCAUUACCCAAAUCCGAUGCGAUUGAUAUAGGAGAGCUUUUUCCCACUGCGCAAAUUGAAGGUCUUGCUCGAGCCGCCAAGGAUAUGCAAGACAUGAGAGAGGGUUAUGAUAGAUUACUCGAAGUAGCUGCUGCGAUGGCUAAUAGCGCAUAUGAGUUCUCUGAAUCAUUGGGGGAAAUGGGUUCAUGCUUGGAGCAAAUCGCGCCUCAUAAUGAUCAAGAAAGUGGUGGAAUUCUUCUAAUGUUAGGUAAAGUUCAGUUUGAGCUUAAGAAACUCGUCGACACUUAUCGUUCUCAAAUAUUCAAGACCAUUACACGACCUUCAGAGUCACUUCUCAGUGACCUUAGAACUGUUGAGGAUAUGAAGCAACAAUGUGAAGAAAAGAGAGACGUUGUUAAGCACAUGAUAAUGGAGCAUGUGAAAGACAAGGUACAAGUUAAAGGCAGUAAAGGGGAGAGACUUAUUCGCCGUCAGUUAGAGACUGCUCGUGAUGAGCUACAAGAUGAGGCUACUUUGUGCAUUUUCCGAUUGAAAUCUCUCAAGGAAGGACAAGCUCGAAGUCUCCUCACACAAGCAGCCCGCCACCACACUGCUCAGAUGCAUAUGUUCUUUGCUGGUCUAAAAUCGCUUGAGGCAGUAGAGCAACACGUCAAAAUUGCUGCAGACAGACAACACAUUGACUGUGAGCUCUCUGAUCACGGGAACGAAAUGGAUUGUAGUGAGGAUAAUGAUGAUGAUGACCGACUUGUUAACAGAGAUGGAGAACUUAGUUUUGACUACAUAACAAGUGAGCAGAGAGUAGAAGUUAUAUCUACACCACAUGGAUCGAUGAAGAUGGAUGAUACAGAUCUCUCAUUUCAACGCCCUUCACCUGCAGGAUUAUCAACAGUAAAUGCAGAUCCUAGAGAAGAGCACCCAAUGUCAAACCGUGAUCGCAGAACGAGCAGCCAUUCAGCACCUCUGUUUCCGGAUAAGAAAUCUGAUUUAGCAGAUAGAUUAAUGAGGCAAAUGACUCCAUCUGCAAAUGCUUACAUAUUACCAACUCCGGUCGAUUCAAAGUCCUCACCAAUCUUCACAAAACCUGUCACCCAAACAAACCACAGUGCAAACUUAUGGCAUUCAUCUCCACUAGAACCGAUAAAAACUGCUCAUAAAGAUGUGGAAAGUAACCAAUAUUCCCGUCUUCCCCGUCCUUCAGAACACGCAUUCUCUGGACCACUCAAGCCAUCCUCAACCCGUCUUCCAGUACCAGUUGCAGUUCAGGCUCAGUCAUCUUCUCCAAGAAUCUCUCCUACCGCUUCACCUCCGCUUGCUUCUUCUCCACGGAUCAACGAACUCCAUGAGCUUCCAAGACCACCGGGUCAAUCUGCACCGCCACGACGCUCGAAAUCUCCUGGUUUGGUUGGUCAUUCGGCUCCAUUAACGGCUUGGAAUCAAGAAAGAAGCAAUGUAGCUGUGUCAACAAACAUUGUAGCAUCACCACUUCCGGUUCCACCGCUUGUUGUACCGAGAAGCUACUCUAUACCUUCUAGAAACCAGAGAGCCAUGGCUCAACAACCGCUGCCCGAGAGGAACCAAAACAGAGUAGCCUCUCCACCACCUCUGCCGCUAACUCCAGCGUCUCUGAUGAAUCUCAGAUCGCUGUCUCGGUCUCAAGUCGGGGAAGUAGCUCCGAGCGGACUAAUUAGAGGAGUAAAACUGACUGAACACUGACCUUGUAACGGUCGCGUUUGAUCAAAACGUUAGUUGUAGAAAUAGACCCAUAAGUAAAUAUAGAAGUUGGUAUUUUGUAAUUUCCUUAGUUGUUGAAUGAAUCUCCUGAUUUGUUAUUAAGCCUCCGAUAUUUUUUUGCUCUUUUUUAUCCUUUAUCUUUGAAAGAUUAUUUUCUUACUUAUCUCUGAGAACUACCAUUAAAAAUGAGAAUUUAAA